CCUAACCGCCAAACACGUGUCGUCCUCUCGUUGGCCUACGGUUAUCAAAUUGACCACUCCUGGGCGUACCACCUUAUAUAGCAGUUCGCAUGCACGUCUGUCGAGUUCCCGCGAUCGGAGGGGCAGUCGCUGUAAUUAUCCUCUAACUACGUGUCCUUUUUACUUUCUUGCUUUUCCCGGACAGUUCGUUUACGAAAAUUAAGGUAAUCUUAGAUUUUUCCCCUUUUCGAUUUCGAUAUUUUUCACCCUCGAUUCGAUCUGGAUUUUUUUUUUUCUCUCCGGAUCUUUAAAUCAUUUAUGGGUUGGGAUUUCGAUCUAAUUCAUUAGGGUUUGGAAGGUUUUCCUGUCUGUAUUUUUGAUCCUAGAUCUAGUGUACCAUUUCGCAGAUUACGGGAUUUUGGGAUCUGGACUUCGUCUUUCACCUGGAAUUUGUUCCAAUUUUGUGAAGCUCUCUCGAUUCUUUGCGGGUCUCUUGCGUUCUGCUCUUUUUUGAUUAUCUAGGGUUUUUUUUAAUUUGUAGAUCUGAUCAGUUUUGAGUUCGAUAAUUGUUCCAUUAGUUCGAAGAGAGGUGUAAAUUUUCUAUUAUUUUCAAGAAAAUUGGGGCUUUUCAUUUUAUCCGGUGCGAGUAAUUAGGGUUUCCAUCUGACCUUGCUGUUGAUUUGAGUUCUAUAGUUCCAUUUUAGUGAUCGGAAGAAACAUUUGACGGGAGACUAUUAGUGAGGAAAAAAUGGUACAAAAGCGGCACUUUAACAAUGAGAAAGAUUUGAGGUUCCUUCCAAGCAUCCCAGACAAUUGGAUAACGCAGACGAGCUAGUUUCAUUUUCGGAAAUUGUUUUUCCUCAUUGUAUUUCCAAGAAACAUCACUCUUCAGGAGACGAUGAAUCCAUUAGAAGUGAUGUUCAUGUUGAUGAAAAGCUUACAAGCAGCAUUAUCAUUCAACAUCCAGAAAGCACGAAGGACGUUGAAACCAGCAAUCCGCUUCCAUUUCCUUCUCAUCAUGGUACAUUGCCAACAACUACAAAGAAGAUUCUGGACUUGAGCCACACUUUCAUGCACCUUUUUUCUCUGAAUAUUUUAAUCGUGAACAUCCAGAAAAGACCUUAGCUCCUUGUCAGGAUAUCUAUAGCUUACUUUUAGAUUCCCCUCCAAGAAAACCAGUACCUGUUGGAGAAAAUCAUCAAGCUGAUGUGCCAGCAUGGGGCUCAUGGACUGCUGAGAGUACUGACCAUAUAGCUACAUCUGAAGCAGUUUGGGAUGCUGAAGUUGCUUGCACGGAAGAAGAUGUGAAUAUGCUGAUGGGAACCUGUAUCAUUCCAAUGCCUGAUUUCGUGCUUUCUGAAUCUGAUACUUAUGAAGUUGGAAAAGGCAGACUUGAUUGUAGCUGUGAGGAUGAGGGUUCUAUCAGAUGUGUCAGACAACACAUCAUGGAAGCAAGGGAAAAGCUUAAAAAGUCUCUUGGGCAGGAAAGGUUUGUGGAACUUGGAUUUUGUGAAAUGGGUGAAUUUGUUGCAGAAAAAUGGAGUGAUGAAGAGCAACAAUUAUUCCACAUGAUUGCGUCCUGUAACCCUGCGUCAACAGGUCAGAACUUAUGGGGCAAUCAUUCAGGUUGCUUCCCUUCUCGUACCAUGAAGGACAUUGUCAAUUAUUACUUUAAUGUCUUCAUGCUUCGACGACGAUCUGAACAGAACAGGUAUGACCAUGAGAACAUUGAUAGUGAUGAUGAUGAGUGGCAGGAGAAUGAUGAUGAUAGUGAUACAGAACAUGGAACAUCAGAUGAAGAUUAUGAUUCUGUUAUUGAAUCAACUGGAUUUCAGGGUGAUUUUUGUCAUCUUCAGGAUAAUGAAAAUGAUUUCGAUGUCUAUCUGGAGGUUGCAGAUGAAGCAUGUCAUAAGGUUGACAAAGUAGAUUAUGAUGCUGGUAAAAGCGCUAGCACAAUCUUAGAAACAUAUCCAGAGAAGUUGCUACCUCAACUGCAGGACAAAGUUUCUUUGACUGAGAAGGGUGACAAUCAACUCCAAAAUGGCUCGUGCACGUCGUCUGGUGGAGGGGCUUUGCCAGAAGGAACCCAGAUGAAGGCUGAAACUGGUCAUUUAAGUGGCACUGGUAAUGGUCAUGGGUUUGGAGCCUUCUGAUAUUAAAGCUUCAGAUACUGGGUUUAUAAGUGACCAUAUUGAUAAAGUGGACUUUUCAUCUGCUUGCAGUCUGAUUGAAGGGGUAUUUGGUGACAAGCCAUGAAAUCACUUGACUGAGAUGGUUAGAGCUUGAGCUAGUUUUAAUAAAGACCGCUUCAGCACCGAGGCCUACAUUUGAAAGCCCUGGGUGCUUGAUGUUUGCUGUUAAGGUGAAUAAGCAGUACCUUUCCCUGCAUAAGGAAUUGGGAGCUCAGUUUUCUGUGAACAAUUUUCUUUUGUAUAUAUGCGUAA